CUCACAAAUCCAAACACGUACUAAGUUCACACAGUAAAUCUGUGUUAGCAUUAAUGAUGCAACUAUAUAUAUAGUUGAUAAUAAAAUAGUUGAUAUCAUUUUCUUACACCAAAUUGUUUUGUAUAUAUCACAUUUUUUUGUGUGGAGAAAAUAUAAUCUAAUCUUUUAUUCCAAUGUUUCUUAGAUCAAUUAAAAAUGAACAUUAGUAUAACAGGUAUAAGACAUAUUCGGGUUGCAACGUUUAAUGUGGCAAUGUUCUCACUUGCCCCUCUGGUGCAAAACAUGGAGGAAACAACUUUGGGUGAUCAUAUAAGUCUAUCUCCGAAAGGGAUUCUGAAGCAGUCUCCGUUACAUCCUUCUGCAGUCAAGAAACCAAAGGUUUGCAUUAAUCUCCCGGAGAAUGAGAUCUCUUUAGCACAGAGCUACAGCUUUCUUAGCAUGGUAGAGAAUGAUAAGGAAAACAGAGGAAGUAUCUCGAUGAGGUCUCCCGUGUGUCUUCCCUCUUGUUGGUGGGAUCAAGAGAGCUUUAAUGGAUACAGCAGCGGGAGAAGCAUAGCUGAGUUGCUAGGAGAGUUGGAUGCAGACAUCUUGGCUUUGCAAGACGUGAAAGGAGAGGAAGAGAAACUCAUGAAGCCAUUAUCAGGUUUGGCUUCUGCUCUAGGUAUGAAGUACGUUUUCGCAGAAAGCUGGGCUCCUGAGUAUGGCAAUACAAUACUCUCGAAAUGGCCCAUAAAGAAAUGGAGAGUCCAGAGAAUCGCUGAUGCAGAUGAUUUAAGGAGUGUCUUGAAGGUGACUAUAGAGGUCCCAAGGGCAGGAGAAGUAAACGUGUAUUGUACGCAACUGGAUCAUCUAGAUGAGUAUUGGCGGAUGAAGCAAAUCGAUGCAAUUACUCGAGGAAAUGAAUCUCCUCACAUCUUGUUGGGAGGGUUGAAUUCUCUUGAUGGCUCUGAUUAUUCAAUAUCAAGAUGGAACCAUAUCGUAAAGGUUUAA